UCUCCCUCGUCUGCGUAUAAAAAGCGGAAGCCCCCUGAAAGAUCUGUGUUCUUCCCUGUUUGUACUUGAGAGCUUGCGAGCCAAGGAAGUGGGGAAAAGAAGGAUAACUCUAGAGUUUAUGAAUUUUGCUUUGCUAGGUUUUCAUCGAAGGUCAUUGAGCCCCCUGAUCUCUCUAUAUAUAUUUGUUCUGGAAUCUCCUAUCCAGUUCGGCCCUACAUCCGUUUGUUCAGGAAUACAUACGAAGAAUGUCUACGGUGAAAGGUCACGACUUGGUGGACGAAACUUGUGUCCCCGCGAAGAAAGCCUGUAUUAAUAAAUGGAAUGGCAGACCUUACUCACAAAAGUACUAUGAAAUCCUGGAGAUAAGAAAGACGCUUCCUGUAUGGGAGAUAAAAGAAGAAUUCUUCCAGGCUCUGAAGGCUAACCAGUCACUGAUAUUAGUUGGAGAAACUGGUAGCGGCAAAACAACUCAGGCUAGUUUGAAUAAUAAAAAAUUUCCCCUGAAUUUGGAGGAAUAACUAGUAUAUCUCCUCAUUGUGAACACCUGGUGGGUUUCUUCCAAACCCCAGCAAUGGAACGACUCGUUUAUUUCAGACCUAUCAAGAAGAAAAAAGGAACAGCAAGAAAGCGUGGUUCCAGAUGUAUCAAGAGGCAAACAUUUGAAUUCUUGGCAACAUCACCACCAUCAAGAGUGACUUGUUCAGCAGUGGAAGGAGGAGGAGGAGGUGGAGAUUUCAUCAGUUUGGAAUCAUCUCAACAAAUUGUUAACUCGCUCGGCAACAUCAUCUGUUCUUCCAAUGGUCUUCUCCUAUGCGGUAUUCACCCUAGAACCUAUUAUAUAUUCAACCCUGUCACCAAGGAGUCUUACCAACUUCCUCCUCCUCCUGGUAAAAACUGGGAACCUUCGACUUCUUAUAUCAUGGGUCUUGUCGCUGCCAAUUGUGCUGAUGUAUCCACUACUUCAUCAAUCCGAUACAAAGUGGUGCAUGCUGAUACUAGAAGUCGUGACGCUGUCAGCGGAAACAAGGUUAAGAUAGGGACUUUCUCCUCCGAGACGGGCAAAUGGAGGCAAUCUAUGGUGCCGCUCACUGGCACUGGCAAUUAUUACUGCUUGGAUUCACUAAGGAAGACCACUGUGAUAAGAGGAGCCAUUCACUGGGUGGCUUUCCACAUCGGGGUGUAUGAUCCGUAUAAGGUAGAUGGGCAUAUGGAAAUGAUUGCAACUCCACCCUUCCAGUUCAUCCACGAAUGCGUCAUGGGAGAGUCUACUGACAACCUUCUCCAAAUAGCAGUGUUCACCGAUACAUUGACCUCCAUUCAAGUAUGGGUUUACCAUUCAAACGAGGGCCAAUGGUCGUUGAGACAUGAGCUGCCAAUAGGUCUACUACAUCGUCAAAUCAUGCUAUUGGAUUUCCAUCCUCAUAUUCCUGAAGCUGUAUUUUUCAAUUUCCAUGGUUACAUCUAUCUCCAAUACUUCAACAUUCCUCCAAGAUCGGUAAAAGUGCAUUAUCGUGGCUGUGCCUUCGAAGGAAUAAGCCCGCAACCAUAUUUUCUCCCACGUUGGCCCACUCUCCUUAUCCAAAAACUAGAAAGAUGUACUGACUGAUCUACAACCCCUCUCCCCCUCUUUUUACAAUAAGUAGAGAUUUAAAUUACUGGUCUGCGAAGUAGUACU